AUGGACUUCUUAUCAGACAGCGACGAGGAUUUUAAGCCUGAGUCUUUUCAACCUUUUACCCCUGAUUUUGAUAUUGUGCAACGAUGGAGAUGGCUCAAUGAACUUUACCACAAGUUCAGCCGUCCUCCAUACACAUCCAUGACCGACAAAAUGAAAAUUAUCAUUGCGACAAAUCGUCUUUGUAACACGUAUCGCGAGAGAUGGCAAUUACUCAAAGAAUGGGCGCCACCGGAAGAACGUGAAAGGCUAAAGACAUGGAAAGCCUUUGAGGAGUGGACCUUGACCCUAUUGAACAUCUCUGGCGAAUUCGGUUUAGUGGAAAUGUACACAAACGCUCGUCACAAGCCUUCCCAAGAUCCAUCUCAAUUUCGCACAUACCUCUGUGCCAUCGAGGCUGAGCUUGAGAAGCAAUUCGAACCCCGUUCCCAAAAAGAACAAUCCCUCACAUUUCUCGUCAAGCUCGACCCAGAACUGCAAUGUGACACCCGACAAGGAUGCAUUGGUAGUAAAGGUCAAUUACCGGAAAAUUUACCCGAGAUGGUCAGAUUGGCAAGUGCCAGAUGGAGAGCUAGAAAGUCGGCGUUGGAGAUCAUGCAUCAGGCCGACCAUGGCAAAGGAUCAGGUUCUUCUCGUGGAAAUCACCGUGGGAGGGCUCGAUGUUCACGAAACCGUCGCGGCCGUGGGAACAUCAGCAACAAACAACAGAUUGCAUAG